UGUAAUUUCACUUGUAUUAGACGCUUUCUAUUUCUGGAAAUUUAACUUGUAUGAUGUACCUACACGCUUUCUGGAAAAUAUGACCACAUUUUCCACACAUGGCUAAAAUGAAGUAAAGGAAUGGCCUCUCAAUAUAUAUAUGCCAUAUCUCAUGUUCCAUACUACUUACUACAUCAACCACAUUCAACUGAAAAGAAAUAAAGGAAUGGCUUCACAAGCUUAUAUUACUUCAAUAUUUUCACAUAAAGUUCUCUAUCAACGACAGUUGAUAAUUAUACCACCAUUUAAAGGCUCUAAAAAUUGCAGGUCUAUCUUUUCGUCGGCUCAGGCUUGUCCAAACACCAUCACGUCAGCCACCGAGGAAUUAAUAGAUACGUUGUCUCCCUUAUCGAUGACCGACACUGUGUCAUAUUCUGGAGACAGAAAUUCUCUCAUCCUGGAUCAUUAUGGAAUGAUGGUAAUUCCACCACAUGAUGUUAACAAUAGAAUAGAAGAGCUCAAAGAGUAUACUAGAAGAGCUUUAAUGAAUACUUCAGAUUCCACAAUGACUUUAAAGCUAAUUGACACGAUCCAAAGACUGGGUGUCGGGUACUAUUAUGAAGAAGAAGAAAUUAGAAAGAUAUUAAAAAAACUUACACAUGUGUUGCCUAAAGACGAUUUAUAUACAGUGGCUCUACAUUUUCGCCUUCAACGACACUAUGGCCUCCAUACCAAUCCUGCAGCAGAAGUUUUCCGUAAUUUCAUGGAUGAAAAUGGGGAAUUAAAGAAGUCAUCAAGUGAAGACAUAGAAGGGGUAUUAAGUUUAUAUGAAGCUUCAUGCUUAGGUUCAAGUGGGGAGGAUUUUCUAUUACAUCACAAAGAAAUUACUAGAAGGUAUCUAAGUAGAUCAGUUUCAAAACUAAGCCUUAAACUUCAUAAAAACGUUGUUGAAGGUUUAAAGCUUCCGAGGCACAUGAGAAUGGAAAGAUUAGAAGCAAGAAGGUAUAUUGAAGAAUAUGGUAAUGAAGAUGAUCACAACCCAUUUGUAUUAGAGUUUGCAAAGUAUGAUUACAAUAAGGUCCAAUCAGUCUUCCAAAGGGAGCUGGUUGAGGUAAACAGGUGGUGGGAACAUUUGGGUCUGUCUAGUAAGUUGGGUUUUGUCCGAGAUCGACAUGUUGAAUGUUUUCUGUGGACAGUGGGGCUUUUACCAGAACCAAGUUUCUCGGGUAGUAGGAUUGAAUUAGCCAAAACCAUCGCCAUCAUGUUGGUUAUCGAUGAUAUAUAUGACACUUAUGGCUCCUAUGAUGAUCUUGUACUCUUUACCGAAGCAAUUAAAAGAUGGGACUUGAAUGCGAUAGAACAACUUCCAGAGUACAUGAAAAUAUGCUACCAAGCAUUGUAUAACACAAACAAUGAGAUUUGUGACAAAAUUAAAAAAGAACGAUGUUUGAGCGUCCAACCAUUUCUACGCAAGACGUGGAUUGACAUGGCGGAAGCUUACAUGGUGGAAGCCGAAUGGGUGAAGAGAGGAAGAAUACCAACGCUCAAUGACUACAUAGAGAAUGGGGUUACAACUUCUGGGACAUAUAUGGCAUUGGUACAUCUUUUCUUUCUCAUAUCCUAUGGGCUUACAACAGAAAAUAUGAAACAUCUUCUUGAUCCAUACCCUAAAUUUUUCACUAUGGCUGGAACCAUUCUUCGUCUAUGGGAUGACUUGGGGACUAUUAAGGAGGAACAGGAACGAGGAGAUAUGUUAUCAAGCAUACAUUUACUCAUGAAAGAAGAAAACAUAACAUGUGAGGAAGAGGGGAGGGAAGGAAUAUUACAAAUGAUAUAUGCGUUAUGGAAUGAUUUGAAUGUCGAGCUACUAACACCAGAUGCGGUGCUUUUUCGGAUGAUAAAAGUAGCGCUAAAUAUGUCAAGAACUUCUCAAGUUGUUUAUCAACAUAAUGAUGAUAGCUAUUUAUUAAGCGUAAAAGAUCAUGUACAAUCUUUGUUCUAUGAACCUGUUGAUAUCUAGUUUGGGUUUUCUAA